CCCUGUGCAGUCGCUCGCCAAGAAGCGAAGACUGCCCUCCCACGCCACGCACAGUGAAGACCGAGGUUGUUCACAGUCCCGCACAGACACCGCUUUUAUUUGUUUGUCAGUUUUUUGUUUUUUUUGUUUUUACUCACGACCUAGGAAUGCCAUGGCUACUCAGAACAACCAGGAUUAUUUCAGGUCGGUUAGCAGCGAGUCGACCACUUACAUGAUGGUUCCGGCGAACAACCGCCGGGACUCGCCGUCAAAGUUAUGGAUUGCGAUGGUCGUUAUUGUGGUGGUCGUUCUGCAGAUAGCCUCGACCACUGGACUCUUUGUCUACUUAAACAUGUCUUUAUCGCAGGUGAAGAGCCAAGGGGUGACCGAGGAACUGCGAUGCCUGGGAUUGCUCAAUGCCCUUGAUAAAAACAGGGACAUUCCCGAGGACCUGGCCCAGCUGUUUGGAGAGCCCUGCAUAAAACUGGCUGAAGGCAUCAAGGCUUACAUCUCCAAGGUCACGGAGAAUAUCAUCAGCAAACACGCAUUACAAGAAGCCAGAGCCAUGCCUCGCACUUACAACACAACAGGGUCAAAGUUUGUGACACAGAGGCCAUCAGCCCACCUUACUCUUAGUCUACAAGGUGUCCCACCUCAGUUCCCCACCCCCCAGCCAGAUCUGCACCAGUCCUGCCGCCACCCUGUGCGCUCCUGGGCCAAUCAGAGCUUCGGCGCCCACCUCCACAACAUGACGCUGGCCAAUGGGCGCCUGCGUGUGCCCCAGGACGGCCGCUACUACCUGUACGCCCAGGUGUACUUCCGUUACCCCUCGCCCAGCGAGGGCGAGCAGCACGACACCAGCCACCAGCUGGUGCAGUGUGUCUACAAGAAGACGUCCUACCCAAGGCCCAUCCAACUUCUCAAGGGGGUGGGCACCAAGUGCUGGGCGCCGGACGCCGAGUACGCCCUACACUCCGUCUACCAGGGUGGCCUGUUUGAGCUACGCGCCGGAGACGAGGUCUUCGUGUCCGUCUCCUCGCCCUCCAUGGUGCACGCAGAGGACUCCUCCAGCUACUUCGGAGCUUUUCGGCUGGACCUGUGAAGAGAAAUCUAAGAGACUACGCCAAGACUACGUUACCCAUAAGGCACUGGGAGGAUUUCUUUUUUUUCCAUCAAUGUUGUUUUUGGAUCACAUAGCUUGGAAGACAUUUGGACUUAGUUUUUUGUUUGUUUGUUUGUUUUUUUCCUUUAAAAGGCAUAAGAAUGUAUGUAUAUUUCUAAAACCACAUCAAAGAUGUGAACUUUGAAAACGGUAGCAGAAAGCAAAGGGACAGUUGAAUGGCAUGAAAUCCGCACCCAUGCUAACUGCAUACAUGUGUGGAUCUCUCUUCAUGGAAAGGACAGGGUUGGCUGUAGCGGACUGAACACAUCUUGUUUUUAAAAAUAGAGCAGUGAGAAGAGAGAGCUGACAGAUGGAAUGUGAUGAGAUGGGGGGGUAGGUAUGUAGUGUUACCAGCCUCACUCUGCUCCUGAGGACGAAUUCUCCUUGGCCAGUCUGACCAGUACAGCAGCAUGCUUACUUACACACACACACACACACACACACACACACACACACACACACACACACACACACACACACACACACACACACACACACACACACACAUACAUCCAGAACCACAUAUGACCAGCAGAGACACACCAGCAUACACGCACACAGCACAGCACAGUUGCAUGCUGGGAAAUGCCGAGCCCGUCAUUAAGAACUCACCGACACGCAUAAAUAAAAGGCGCCAACGUGUUUACUUUCACUCAAACACAAAUCAUACACUCCCACUCUAAAAGCAGUCACGCCUCACUCACUCUUCCACACACGGUAUUCAACAAGCCCAGUCUCUGUGCUGCUGUGAAUAGGCCGUGGUAUCUUUAAUAGACUGAUAAAAACACACACAUGCUCCUGGGUUCACUUGGUCAGAGUUGUAUCAACGGCUAAACAAACACGAAGCGCUCCGUUUGACCCACGCCCCCAAUCUUUUAGUGUUUUGUUUUCUCCUAAGCUGCGGACACAAACACGCAUUGUCUGCAGUGGCAUGUAUGUAACCGCUGUCUGUCUCUCUUUCUGACUGUCUGAUUGUACCUGUCUAUAUACGAUAGUAGGCUAUUUAAUGUCUUAAUGAGUCAUAUAAGGGGAGAGCGUGUUCCAUAGGAGCCGGCCUGGAUGGUCUUAUCUGAGGUCUUUUAAUCGAAGCUGUGGGUGAUUCCUGUAUGGCAGAUUCAUCUGAUUCGCUUCCAUGCCAAAAAAUACGUAUGCGGUGCAAGUAAACGGUGUCAGCAAAUAAAAAGGAAGGUGCUGCAAUAACGCUUCGGCUUGAAUGGCGAGAACGUUUAACACACUUACAGUGGCGGCUGAACAAAAGGCCCAGCUGGAGCUCACUGUAAAUGAAAACGCUUUUUAUUUUGCCUUCCCUGGACUCCAGCUCCAGAAUUCUUCUAAAGCAACCCUUCUAAAGGUGUUUGCCGAAGCAUCGCUACCAAUAACGCAAUGUGCGCAGCGGGAGAGGUUUGUUUUUCUUUCCCGUGGACUGCGGCACGACCCGUGACACAUGCAGGUAUAAAUCAGUUUUCCUUCGGCAACCUUCAUUCCGUCAUUCGGCGGAAAAGGCAAACCUGCACCAGCAGCAAGACAUAUUGCGUUUCAGGCGGUAUUGAUUAGUGUAUAUAGGGAAUAUCACUCACAGCAGAUGCCGAUGCAAAAAAAAAAAGUAUUUCACCGCUACACCGACUUGAAAGCAAAACUUUCCAUGCGAGGCUGUUGAGUUACUACAGUGGCUUUCCGCCAGGCUGUUACCCUGCUCGCAGCAUUUGGAUAGCAACCGCUUGCCGCAGGUUUGAACGUGUGUUAGGAAGGAUACCACUAAUGUUCCGUAAGAAGCGAGUCUCGUGUACUGGUUUUGUACACAACCUAAAUCGCUCUCUCAGUUUAGGAACGCUUUCCAAAUCCGAUCUGAGAGAGGAAAGCGAGACAAACUGACCAGUGAGGUGGAAGGAGGAAGCUAAAAACUGCCAGCACCCCUCGGGAAAGCCGACAGGGAUGUACUUACACACCUCUAUACUUACAUACUUGGAAAGAACAGUAACAACACCACAGCGAUCUACAGCUCAAACCAUCGCAGAGGGUGUGUUCUGCAGAGCGGCACCGUGGAAUGCUAGCGAGUUUCUGCAUACACGCCUUGAAUUCCAUUACAAUGAACCUGAACACCUUGUGGGUGGAAAGCCAGUGAUCCGUCCACAUGGCACAGGUAACGGGGAGGGGAGCUACGAGCCGCGGGAUUCCGUCGGCUGGAGAUGGAGCUCCACAACCUAAGGGCUUGUCCUCUCAACAGCGAGGAACCAAUGUGAAAAAAGGGUGGAAGAAAUGUGUCUUAAAGUGAAUGUGUGUGUGUGUGUGUGUAUUCAAGAUUAUUGUACAAUUAAUGGAUGUAACGCUUAAAAUGCCCAGAGUUAAAAUAAAAACGAACUCUGAAUUUUGGUGAGACCAGACCGCGCUGCAGUGAAAUAUUGGAAGAGCUGCAGGCACUCAGAAGUCCUGGAGCGAAACAGAAGUUCGCUGAACAAAGGACUAUUGUUUUACUUUUUAUGCCCGGAGCUAUGUAACUACAUUCUUUUCGUUUAAAAUCCUAAACUCACCAAUCUGGGGGUCUGUUUUUCUUUUGAUAAAAGAUAACAUGCACUGUUUACCACUGUUGUUUUCUCUUUAAGAAUGUACAAAUGUCUGGUCUUUACUGUAAAAAAAAAAAAAGAUGCUUUGAUCUUCUGUGAUCUGUGUUUUUGAGGGACUUGUGUUCUUAAGUGUCAUUUCUAACAAUUAAAUUGCUCAUUUUCCA